AUGGACACAAUAAACAUCGCCAUAAUCGGGGCCAAUGGCGUGGGAAAGAGCGCCUUCCUGCAGCAGGCCCUGAAGAUGUCCAGGCCUGCCAACAUGGGCGUCGUCACCUUCAACUGGACCGAGCCCGAUGGCUCCCAGCAUACCGUCAACAUGUUCGAGGUCGACCUGGAGGCCUUCGACCUGGGCAUGAACGAGCCCAUCCGCUGGCCCAAGCAGGCCAACGGGAUGCUUGCCCCUCGCAUCGAUGGUACUUUGGUGCUCUACGACGUCAUGAACAAGGACAGCAUCACCCCGCUGCCCCAGACAAUAUCCUCUCUCUCCCUGUCCAACUAUCCCGUGGUCCUUGUCGCAACGAAAUGCGACAACCCCGAGGAGGUCAGGGAGCUCGACACAACAAGCGUCGCUGCCGCAUAUCCAUCCGUGGUGGCCAAUUUCACCACCUCUCCAACCUCUCCGAACACUACUAGGGACUGUCUUCAGGUCAUAUUGAGGGCCGUCGUGACCGGCCGGAAAGGAGGUGAUAAGUCGGAUGCGGCCAGCCAAAGACGGCGUGCCGCCUCGGCCGCGAACCUGGAACCCACGGUAGACCCCCUCAACAACGGUCGACCCGAUUCGGUGCAUAGCAAACACAGCAGGGCCAGCUCCGACCUGUCAUUGCUUAGGGGGUUUUCGCAGCAGUCGAGCGAUAGGGACAGUUACUACCGAGGGUCGGCAGCACGCUCGCCCAGAGCGUACCCAGGUCAGGGUCUGGGACAAGACGAGAUGAACCCGACAGUGUCAAGCCAGUUGCGGCAGACAGGCGUGCGUUUAGAUCUGGGGGCGGAGCCGUUCUACGAAGUCGAAUCAGAUGUUGAGUCCUUCCGCACCUCAAUGACGGACGAUAUGCCGAUAUUGCAACGAAGCGAUGAGAGUUUCAUGGACCGUCCCACCAAGAUGACCGGCGUGGCAUUCGAUGACCUCGUGGACAGGCUUCUGGCGCCGAGGAUGACGAGGGCGGACAACAACUUUGCGGACAUCUUCCUGUGCCUGUACCGAAAGUUUGCUGCGCCAGGGCAGCUCUUUUCCGCGAUUCUCACCAGGCUGGAGCGGGGCAAGGAGGACAAGUCAGCACACUACCUCAGCAAGAAAGCGACGCAGAUGCGCAUAAUCGAGGUUGUGGCCAGGUGGGUGUCUCUUUAUCCUGGCGACUUUGCCAGGCCGUCGACCAAGAAGACACUUGAGCGCUUCAUCAACCACCUGGCAAGCGAGCCGGCCUUCAGUGCAGCCGCCGGUCAGAUGAGGGUUCAGCUCGACACAUAUGUGGUUGAAGACGAUGAUACGGCAUGGGCACAAGCAGAUGAUCCACCGGAGGAUGCCAGUGUGGCCAGCUCACAUAAAUCCCAGGAUCUUGAAGUGCCGAUGGCCUCAUUGAGCGUGGAUGACCAGCUGUCGGCCGAAAUGCGGCGACCCUCACAGGGCUCUGAACUAUCACAUGUCGAGCGAGACUACAGCACAGGGGAGACGAACUAUCAGUAUCAUACUUAUGGGGACUACGAACGCGAGGCGGCAAAAAUGGUCCCUCAGGCUACGCUGCCUCUAAACAAAUUCCGCUACCACAUCUUCAUGGACACGAACCCAGAAGACAUCGCCGAGGAGAUCACCCGCAUCGACUGGAUCAUGUUCAGCAGCGUGCGUAUCCGCGACUGGGUGCGACAUGUCAGCCUGUCGAGUGCAGAGAAGGAGCGAUGCCGGUCGCUGAGAAAUGCGAACCGCCUGAUCGCGCACUUCAACCAUGUCGCUAAAUGGGUGCAGAACAUGGUACUGAUCCGCGACAAGGCAAAGCAUCGCGCCCCAUGCCUCGAAAGAUUCAUGAUCAUCGCACACAAGCUGCGAAAACUGAACAACUACAACGGACUAGGCGCCGUGGUCGCCGGCCUGCAGAACGCUAACAUAGCGCGCCUCCACGCAACACAGGCGCUCGUCAGCAAGGAGGUCUGGAAGCAAUACCAGAGUGCUGAGAAGCUAAUGUUGAAUACCAAAUCGUCGUUCGCAUACCGCCUGGCGUGGGAGAACAGCCCGCUCCCCAGGAUACCGUACAUGGCGCUCCACCGGAAGGAUCUGACGUUUGCUGAAGAGGGCAAUAAGACGCUUGUGGGGCCAAAUGGGGACCGAAUUAACUGGAAGAAGUUUGAGAUUCUUGGGGAGAUCUUGUUACCGAUCAUGAAGAGCCAAGGGGCACCGUACCCGAACCUCCUCAAGAAGCAUGAGGUCAGCCGGGACUUGAUCUUGGACUGCCGGAUGGAGCUGGAUGAGGAUGCCCUCUACCAGCGCAGCAAGCAAGUCGAGCCCGGCAUCGGGGGUACAGGUGGUGCGGCCGACCUAAAGAAGAAGACGAUGGGUUUUCUGAGGGGCGGGGUCUGA